GAAACAGGAAGUAUCGUUCACUGUUCGUGGGAAGAAGAUUGAACACUACUCUUGCAGUCAGAGCUUAAAAAGGCUUCACUUGGCAGCGAGAUGAAGAAGCAAGGGGAGAGCCGGUGCACUCAGAAGACCAUCUCAUUGCUGAGCCCCCUGGGGACGAUCCAAGUCAGAGGAUGUGAGAAUGGUGUGCACACCAUCCAGAUCCUAAUGGAUGUCGCACCUGCUGAAAGGAGCAGCGAGGCCCCCCUGAGCUGUGUGGUCACCGAUAGCCCGGCAGAAACGAGCCCCGAGAUGCAGCGCUGCGUAGAAUGGCUCCAGGCGUACUUCACCGAGCCGCAGACCGCUGGGAGUCUCCCGCUCCCUGCCUUUCACCACCCCGCCCUGCAAGGAGACGCCUUCACCAGCCGCGUGCUGAAGGUUCUUCUGAGUGACGUGAAGUUUGGAGAGACGGUCUCGUAUAAACGCCUCGCUGAGAUGGCGGGAAACCCCAGAGCGGUGCGGGCGGUGGGAGGGGCCAUGAGGAGGAAUCCGGUUCCUCUCCUCAUUCCUUGUCACAGAGUCAUUUCCAGCUCUGGACAGAGUGGGCCGUACAUGAGCGGCAGGGGCGACCACCUCAAACAAUGGCUGCUCACCCAUGAGAGGCAGAGAGGGGAAGGCUGAAGCAUGACAGAGCCCGACUGUCCUUCAUUCAGAGCACACACACACAAUCCCUUUUUUAUUUAAGAACACAAAACAAGGCUAUAAAGUUAGGCAUCUUGGCACAUACUGUGGAACAACUGGAAUUACUUGGAAGUAGUCACUAUAGUGCUUUCUUUUUUUUUUUAUCUAAGAAUAGAGAUACUGCAUCGUUAAUGCGAUACAGAAUUGUUGCAGAAUUAGAUUGUAGCAAAAAUAACUUAAACAGAGAACAGUAGGAAUUACAAACAUAUGCUCCCGUGGGUCCUCGUUGCGUUUGCCAGAUAGUGCUGGAAUGGUUUUUCUAAAGCAUUAUUAUUCCCUUAAAAAUAUGUCUCAUGCAUUGUUGUUGUUGUUGUUGUUGUUUUCCUUAGCAGAAUUAGUCUUUGUACCUCUCGUUGGUUUUUUAAUUUCCUGCCAAGUGAAUGCUUUGUUCAACAUCCAGUGAUAAAGGCUCUGAAUUUUAUGGCUACAAAGCUUUGUAGUGAAGCAUUUGUUUAGUCUUCGUUUAGAUCUCAUUGUUUGUUCUCGCCUUAUAAUCCACCUAGAGUGGAGAUGUCUUACGUUGUGUAUACUGUACUCUCCUUACGUUUAUAAGUGUUGAAAUAAAUGCAUUUCAA